AUGAACACCUGCACAUCCAAGAAAAUCGUCCUCCUGUUCACCGCGCUGGUGGCAUUGAUGGCGAUUGUCGGUCAUGCGGUGGCGGACAUGGAGGACGUGGGCAUGUGCAUCAGGAACUGCGCGCAAUGCAAGAAAAUGUUGGGCGCCUACUUCGAGGGGACACUGUGCGCUAACGCAUGCGUCAAGUUUGAGGGCAAGAUGAUACCGGACUGCGAGAACAUCGAUUCCGUGGCACCGUUCCUAAACAAGCUCGAGUGA